AUAUAUGAAAUAGCAUGAUUGAGAAAUGGGAGAAUUCAGAACGACAAUGAAAAGGGAAGGUUGUGGCAAAAAAAGAAAGAGAGGACAAAAAAAAAAAAAGGAAAAAAAGCUAAUAAUGGCAAGGGACAAAUUUCUUUUUAUUUGUGCAAGGACACGCAAAUGCGUCAAUUUAUCGUAGACGAAAAAAAGUACAACGACAAACAGACGAAAACACAACUACCCCCACAACUGACAUUUCAAAUAGCCCCCCAAAGGUUACCAACUAUAUAAACCCGAAGUUAUUCGUGUCAGUCUCUACUACCGUUAGAAUUCGUAUUCAUAGAACUAAACUUCAACGUUCGGUCGCACCCAUUACCUGAUAUUUAUUGUUUGAGCAACCUGGCGCACUGCCCCUUAAAAGGUUAAGAAAGAAAGCACACGAGUGCCCAUAUACAAUACAAAAGACCCAGGAAACCAGUUGAAGCUUAUCUGCAUACAUGUCACAAGUUAUAUCCAGCUCUCGUCGCCGUCGGUGGUCAGAAGCUGUAGCCGAGUUGGCCACUGGGAUAGUACCCCCCGCAGCACUUUGUGGCGGGUCACUUCAAGUAUUCUUCAAUUUCUCAACUCCAUUCAGAGUAUUCCUCUUGCUUGCUCUGGUGGUAGCUAUUUGGAUUUCUCAUGAGAACCAGAAGACCAGCAAACAUCAGAGUAAGGGAAAGGGUCCUUUAACUAAAACCGCAACUUUGAACCAAGUCCGGGAAAAUUCGGAUAUCAAGCAAAAUGCAAAUGCGCACGUUAAGAUGGGAUCUCUUUUCCCAUCCAUUACUGAAGUGCGUAUAACCACGGAAGAUGAAUGUAGUGCCAAGGCAUGUUCCACCGGUCUUACCACCCGUCUUCUCCCAUUUAAAAAUAAGAAUGGUGAGAUUGAAUGGGCAUUCACAGACGAAUCCAACACUCCCGGAAGUGAAUUAGAUGUCUUCAAAAUUACCAAUGUGAAGAAUGAACAAAACAAUGAACUUACCCCAGUAACAUCAAACUCCUCCCAUAGUGAUUCCAUCAUUUCAAGCAACAAUAAGCAAAGUGGCAAUGACAAUACUUCAGUGGAUACCCCACUUACCAACUCUCCAUUUUCCGAUCAAGAAGAUCUCAAGGGAAGUGAUCUGACUGAAAUGUAUCAAUGUCCAGAUUGUGAUGCUAGUUUCAAAAUCAGAGGUUAUUUAACCCGUCAUCUUAAGAAACAUGCAGUUAAAAAGGCUUAUUGUUGUCCAUUUUACAGUUUUUCCAUUUAUGUGGACGAAAACAACAUCACCCACAAAUGUCAUCCAAAUGGUGGCUUUUCUCGUAGAGAUACAUACAAGACACAUCUUAAAUCUAGACACUUCAAAUAUCCAGAAGGAGUGAAAACUAAAGAAAGAACCAAUAGUCCUGGAUAUUGUGGAAUGUGUAAUGAAUAUUUCCCUAACAGUGAAAUAUGGUGUGAAAUCCACGUUGAAGGUGGAGAAUGUAGACAUUUACCAAAGGGAUUCACAGGGAAAUCCAGAAUUAAGAACAGAUUGAGGAAGCAACAACAAAAGCAAAAGCAAAAAGGUGGUAAAGUGGACGGGACUGUGUUGGGAAGUGGUGCAAUUUAUCCACCAAUAUCAUUCCAUUCACCUUCUAAAUCUCCAACUACCUAUGACACUCCACAAUCGUAUGUGAAUUCUUAUGGUAAUGUUUCCAAUAAUAAUAAUAUGGAACCAAUUGUGAUGUCCAACUCACCUGCAUAUUCAUUGAACUCUUCGGAUGCUCAUACCACCAAUUACAUGAACACCCCAGUAUCAAUCCCAUCUACCUUCCAAGUGUCGCCACAACUUCACCAAGUGGAGCCUACAUUGAUGGCGGUGCCAGUGGAUGAUUACGAUGAUGAUUAUUGCUUGGAUAUGGACCAAUUGGUAGUCACCAACGGGAAUAUGUAUGGAUGAAUUGCAAUGGAAAAUGGGAAUGGAAAAUGACAAAGGAAAUACAUGAAAAAAGCAGAUAAAAAGACCAAAAAAAAAAUUAAAAAAAAUGAGAGGAACUCUUAUGGUUUGCUUACUUGUGAAUAGUGGCAUACUGCGUGUAUAUUAUGGGAAGGUUUAUAAAACGACUUAGGUUAUCAGGAUUAAAUACAAAAUAGUAAAAA